AUGAACGAAUUAGAGACUAAUUCGUUCAUGUUCAGCGAAGUGGCCUACGACCAAGGUGUCGACGAUAACAAAGGUACAUUAAAAGCUGAAGCAAAAGCUCUUAUAUUCGGAACGACUGUUUAUGUAGGAGAUAAAUUAGACUCCACCAACGUCGAUAAAAAGGCCAGAACAACUUUAGAAGUAACGAAACAAAGUGAUAGCAAAACUAGUGCAAGU